GUGAGCGUCUAUCCGGCAGCCAAUGGGGGGGCGAGCGGAGCCUUCCGCCCCGCCCCUCCCACUGAGGGCGGUGACGGGGCCGUGCUCGCCGCUGUCGGCCCCGCGGGGCGGCCCGGCCCGGCCCGGCCGGGUCAUGGCGGCGGGCAGGGCACGGCCUUCCCGUGGCAGCGGUGCGGAGCGGGGGCUCCGCCGGCCCCCGCAGGCGCCGCGCCGAGAGCCCGAGCGGGGCAGGUGCGGCCGCCUGGCGGUUCCCUCCGUUCUCGGCGGGGCCCGGCCUCCGCGGGCCGCCGGGGCGGCGCCGCUCUGCCGCGGCCCGAGUUAAACGCGAGAUUCCCCCCCGGCCAGACCCAGAGCAGCGAACCGGCCCCCGGGCUGCACCCCUCUCCCCGGUCCUUCCCGCCCUCCCCGGGCCCCGCCGCGGUCGGAGGGUGCCCCCUGGCGGCGGGCGGCGCCGCCGCUCCCGGUGCCCGCUCCGGCUGGCGGGUCGCGGCCGCCCCGGCUCCAAGAUGGCGCAGGCGAUCUUCGAGGCGCUGGAAGGAAUGGAUAAUCAGACAGUGCUGGCUGUGCAGUCCUUACUGGAUGGUCAAGGAGGUGUGACAGAUCCAUCUGCUCAAAAUGUCAACUCUUCUACUGCCAUCCAGUCGAUGGAUGACGAAGACGUGUUCCUCUGUGGCAAGUGUAAGAAGCAGUUCAACUCUCUGCCUGCCUUCAUGACCCACAAGAGAGAGCAGUGCCAGGGAAACACCCCUUCCCUCUCCACGGUCUCGCUGGCCACCAACAGUGUGUACACCCCCUCCAUCACAUCGGUGCAGCAGGCUCCGAGCGCCAGCCGGCAGCAAAUUUCUACAUAUAUCACUGUUCCCCCGUCACCUUUGAUUCAGACCCUGGUGCAGGGGAACAUCUUAGUUAGCGAUGAGGUGCUGAUGUCGGCCAUGUCUGCUUUUACAUCCUUGGACCAGCCCAUGCCGACAGUGCAGCCCCCGGUACAGAGCAGCUUGAGUAUGCACGCUGGGGCUGGAUACCUCUCCCAGCCUCCCCCGCCUCCACCUCCCCCACCGCCACCCCCUCCUCAGCCUCCGCCGCCUCCCCCCCCGAGCCUGGGGGCUCCAGGGCAGCCCAGUGCCGGUGGCAGCGGGGUGGUUGAAGUGUACAGUGCACCUGCUCCUAUGGCACCAAACAGCACGGUGGAGAUCCAGACGCUGGGGAUGCAGCCCUAUCCGCCCAUGGAGGUACCGAGCCAGUGCGUGGAAAGUCCUGUGUACCCUUCUCCUGUGUACAGCCCUGGGAAGCAGGGGUUCAAGUCCAAGAGCACCAGCACUCCCACACCUUUGACCAGUGCAGGAGGAGGUGGUGUCAUUGGUUUUGAUUCCACCUCCGCUGCCAAAAAUCGUCGCUGCAAAAACGAGAGUGGGCUGCAGGAGGGCAAACCCAAGUCCCCCAAGCUGAAAUGCACUUACUGUGACAAGGCCUUUACCAAGAACUUCGACCUGCAGCAGCACAUCAGAAGUCACACAGGCGAGAAGCCCUUCCAGUGCAUCGUGUGUGGCCGAGCCUUUGCCCAGAAGUCCAAUGUGAAGAAGCACAUGCAAACCCAUAAAGUGUGGCCUCCAGGGCUGGGGUGCACCAUCUCCCGCAACUCCAUCACGGUGCAGGUCAUGGCCUUGAACCCCAACCAGCAGGAGGACGAGGAGAACACAGGUUUGACUCAGCCCUCGAGGAACCCUGCAGAACCACCCCAAGACAUGAGCCCCUUGGACGAGAGCGAGACAGGAAAACUGGAAGCCAAGCAGGUUGUCUUGAUUGAUAGCUCUUACCAGUGCCAGUUCUGCCCCAGCAAAUUCAACACCUAUUUCCAGCUCAAAUCGCACAUGACACAGCACAAGAACGAGCAGGUGUACAAGUGUGUGGUGAAGACCUGCGCUCAGACCUUCCAAAAACUGGAGUCCUUCCUCGAGCACAUCAAGAGCCACCAGGAGGAGCUGAGUUAUCGCUGCCACCUCUGUAGCAAGGACUUCCCCUCCCUGUACGAGCUGGGCGUCCACCAGUACUCCCACAGCCUGCUGCCCCAGCACAGCCCCAAGAAGGAUGUGGCCGUGUACAAAUGUGUGAAGUGUGUAAAUAAGUACUCCACCCCGGAAGCCCUGGAGCACCAUCUGCAGACAGCAACGCACAACUUUCCCUGCCCUCACUGCCAGAAGGUGUUCCCCUGCGAGAGGUACCUGCGCCGCCACAUCCCCACGCAUGGCGGGGGCAGCAAGUUCAAGUGCCAGAUCUGCAAGAAGUUCUUUCGCCGGGAGCACUACCUCAAGCUGCAUGCCCACAUCCACUCGGGUGAAAAGCCCUUUAAGUGCUCAGUGUGCGAUGCAGCUUUCAAUCGGAAAGACAAACUCAAGCGACAUAUGCUGAUCCAUGAGCCUUUUAAGAAAUAUAAAUGUCCCUUCUCAAACCACACGGGCUGCAAUAAAGAGUUCAACAGGCCUGACAAGCUGAAGGCUCACAUACUGUCCCAUUCGGGGAUGAAGAUCCACAAGUGCCAGUACUGUAACAAGUCCUUCAGCCGACGAGCCCACAUGAUGGAGCAUCAGCGUUCGCACACCGGCAACUACAAAUACCGCUGCCCCACCUGCAGCAAAGGCUUCACGCGCCACAAGUACAUGAAGGACCACAAGUGCCGGCUGGGCUCACCCAAGGACAAAGACCUGCAGCUCAGGAAGCCCCAGAAGAAGCGGGUGGCGCGGGGGCGCAAGGCGGGCCUUUCCCUCCCCAACCAGCUGGGUCUGGCAGAGCUGAAGGACGGUGCUGCUGGGGAAAGCCCCCCCGAAGGUGGCUCUAACAAAGAACCGUUCCAGGAGUCGGAUGCAGUCCUGUCCAUCGUGGUUGGUGGGUCGGGAGCUGCUGACUCGGACCUUGUCGUUCCUGGGCAGCCCAAUAGCAUUGCGUCCAAUUUGUCCCUGGCGGAACUGCAGACUGCCUCAGACGGCCCCUGCACCAUGCUGGCUGUCCCUGUUUACAUCCAAACCACGGAGUGAUAAUGCGUAGAGCCACUGUGUGGCUGAGGGCUGCUGCUGGGGCUGUCAGACUCGGUGCUGAAAUUUAUCCUAGUGAAAAAGACCAAAGCUCUUGUGGGAAGGUAGAUGGAUAUGGGAGAGAAUGGCUUUCAUCUCCACUUGUUCUUCCCAUCCUUGGGCAGAGGACUGCUUGGAAGCCACCAACGGCUACAAGGCACUGAAGAGAAUGGCUCCAUUAUUUCUUGCCCCACUGCAUCACUGGUCAGCCUGGGGCAAGAAGGACUUAAGAUCCCUGAAUCAGGGUAAGAAGGAGCAUGCAAACUUGCAACAAACAGAGCUGCUCAAAUCAGGUGGCUUUGCAAAUCACAGCCUGCCCCAUCUGUGGUUUUUCUGGCCUAAAAGCUGUAUUGCCCAGUAUUUGGGUGGCCCUUCCGAGAGCAAACAAUUGAUCCUUCCUAGUGGAAGCAAGUUCAUCCUGAGAUCCUUUGGGAACACUGUUCAGAAAUACCCUGAUAGACUUAUCUCUGGUAUCUUUCUCCCCUCCGUCUCUAUCAGUAGAAAGAUCACCUUGUCUGUACUACAUGUGUUAUAAACACCAUGGACCUCCUGUGCCGUGUGGAGUUGGUGGGUGGGAGCAUGUGUGUGUGUUGGCCUUUCUCUCUGGUUGGUAUUCCUUCCACAGUAUGUGUUCUUUCCAUGUUUUUUCUCCAUAUCCGAGGAUCUCCAAGUGCCUUAGACAUCAAUCCUUGUGACAGUUAAACAUGACCCCUUCGGUGUCCAGUGAGGGAGACUAAGGCCUGGGUGAAGUGACGUGUGCAGGGUCACACAGGAAACCUGUGAUGUUCCUUGAGCCCAUUUUCUAGCCCCAGCUCUGGGCUGGGUGCUGCAGGGUACUUCCGUGUGCUUCUCUGUCAGCUGCUUCCCAGCCUGCGCAUUCCCUUAGCUCAGUUCUGUGGGCCGGUUAUUAUAGUUUCAGUGGGUCACUGGCAGGAGGGAGUUGGUGUGGUUAGGUAGCAAGAAAUUCUGGGGUGACUGAGGCAAUUUCUGUUAUCCCCUUGGCUUCUCCUUUCUGAUUUCCCAAGUAGGAGUCCCAAAGCCAGCACCAGAGCACCAAACCCAGGAACUGAAAAUUACCAUUGUGCAAUGUUGGUAAAGGAGGUUGCUGUGCUCUCCCGUGCUUUCUUCCUGCUCCAUGUGUAGGCCAGCCAAGCUGAGCUUUCCCUGGGAAAUUUGUGUGAUGAGCUGGUAAGUUGUCUGUAGAUGCAAAAUGCUGCAUUUCCAGGCUGUUUCUCUGGGGGUGGUGCAGUCAGUCCUGGGUGCCAAAACUCUGGCUGUGUAGUCCCCUGCCUUGCCAUCUGGGAAAUGGUGGGUGUUCCUGGCCGCUGGAGCUGUCAGCCCAGCAUUACUGGUCUGACUGGCCUGAUCCUGACGCCUGCCUGCAAACUGCCUGCGCUCCAGCCCAUUGCUUGACCUCAAGGUGCUCCUCCUGUCUCCUUGUGGUAUAUUCUGCUCAAAUCUUAAAAAUAGCAGCUUACAGAGACAGCGUGCUGGUGCCGUGCCCAUCGUGGUAUCUCGUCCUGGUGGCAUGUGCUCCCAGACUGCCCCCAAUCUAAUGACGGGUUACAAUGUCACCCCUGGAAGCCUGUCACACAGUCCCUGUCAGGAUGGGUCCUGCCACCAGUUCACUUUGCUUACUCACUUUCCCGACUCACUUUUUGCCCAUUUCCCUUUUUUGUGAUGCUUCUGUACUUCCUGCUGUGGGUGGGUGUUAGGAACCGGAGCAGAGGGUUUACGAGAGGAGGCUGGGAGAAGGGGGGGUUGUUGAGGCUUGAGAAGAGGUUAAGGGGAGAAGAUGGAGCCAGACUCUUCAGAGGUGCACAGGGGUGGGAUGAGAGGCAACUGGGACAUGUUGGAACAUGGCAACUUCUGACUCGGUAUAAAGAAAAGAAAUUUCUACCGAGGAGGUGGUCAAAGGAAGUGGGGCACAGAGAGGCCAUGAGAUCUCUAAAUUCAACAGGGCAUCCUGCUCUGAGGGGAGGCGCUUGGGAGGAGGCAGCUGGGCCCGAGACCUCCAGCUGGUCCUGCCUACUUACAUGAUUCUGUCCUUCUGUGAAACGUCUUGUCUGCUUUGAAGGGCAGAGUUUAUUUGCCCCAGUGUUUGUUUUAAACACAUGGCUCUCGCAGAAACGGAAGAGUAUCAGGAAAUAGUUUUCUAAAUAUACUUUCCCUAUUUUCCUCCCCUCUGUACCCACACUGUACGGUGUCAUUAUGUGGUCUCUGGCGCUUGCUGCAGUGCUGUAGUCGGGUCUAUUUUGAGGUGAAGAUGAGUGGGUGCAGCACUCCUCCAGCUCAGGGGCACUGUCUGGAGGCCUGGCCCUUCCUUUCUGGCCCCUGCCUUCCACCAGCCCUGUGCACCGGCCAGCCAGUCUAAAUGAGAUGCUAGAAGCUGGUUUCCACUGGCUACGCUGGGUGUAAUUCAAGGGGUGGAAGCAGAGUCACAAAACAGCCUUGAAUGUGACUGUGGGACAUAAGGGCUGGGAGAUGCCACACUGUUUGCUUGAUACGUGUUUGAUAUGUGCAGAAGCGUUGAACUGAAACAAGUUUUAUCUUGAACAUGAUGUUUGUCCUCUUAGAGUAAACCUCAGAUCGAUGAGGUGUAAGAUAAUAUAACAGAGGUCCCCGCUGAGAAGCGAGGCCGGGCUGGCUGGUUGUGCAGCUCUUGCCUUUGGAAGCUCUGCAGAUGCGAGUCCGAUGGAUGCUGCACCCCAGGGGGACUGGCAGAGGAAAGGAUGGGUGGCCGCCAGCAAGUGUGGUGGCCCCUGUGCCCCGCUUCCCAGCUGGGCUAGCUGCACUGGAGCAACAGCAGGUCCUGCAGAGCUGCUCCUGGAGCCUCACUGCCCUUUCUGUGGAAAGGAAAAAUAAAUGCCAUUAUUUAAAAUAACAACAACAAAAAAAAACCCCUCUCUUCUGUAGCCAUACUGCUUGCAGAUUAAAUUUUGCCGUGGAAGGAAAUGUCACAGGAAGGAGAACUUAAUUAGCAGACUAAAUGCUGUCACUGAGACAUGGUGAGUUACCUGCGGUCGUCGGUACUAUUCAGUACAUGGGGACCAGUUGUGCGCGGAAAGUGCCUCAGCACAGCAGGCCACGAACUUCAGAAACCCUCUCUUUCUUGCCCCAGUCUUGUCCAGCUGCUUAAACUCCUCCGCAAACCUGGAGUCAGUUGUCUACAAGCUCUUCUAUUUCCUGCUGGCCAAAAGGGAAGAAUUCUACUCGGAAUUUUCCCAUUUCUGUAGCAGGGACGUGCCCGCUGUUCAGCUGCAGUGUGGGUUGAGGCAGAUGUGAGCUGCUCCGGUCACUGAUUUUGUCCCAGCAUCUUUCUGCAGGACCGGUUCCAUCCUGUGCCCUGUGUACGAUUGUUCUCUUGAGAAAAACUGUCAAAACUGUCAAAACAUCUUGGCAUUUUUUGGAAGUUCCCUGGAGUACCCCAGGCCAGAGCCAUCCCCUGGGAGAACCGGAGCCGAUACUGGAUCAGAACAAAGGUCUGUGGUGACGCUUCUGACAGCAGGUGUCUAGGUGAGAGUAAGAAAAGGUAAAAGCUCUGCCUGCCCUUGGAACUCUUCCGGCCUCUGAUAUCAUCAGCUGGGGAGGCUUUCCUGCCUUGGGAGUGAUUUCUGUCAUCCUCUGUGGAUUUUUCUUGUGUAUUUUUUAAUCUCUUUUCUGCCAUUACAAUGUUAACAAGGUAGAAUGAGGCAGGAGCCAUUACACAGCCUUGUCGCUAAACUCCCGCCUUGUACCUCAGGAGGCUGCCCUGAAUUAUGUUACCCAGCACACUGCUUUCUCCUACUUGCUGAGGCCAUGAAAAGGCUCUCUUGCCCUAUAAGCAGUUGUUUGCUUCAUUUUUCUUUGCCACUCGGUGUGUAUAUCCCGGCCUGUUUUACAGAGCACUGAGUAGUCCAGCCCUGCUCAAAAGCAAUGAUGCAUUUUCUUGGGUGAUUUCCAGCGGUAGACACUACUAUUGUCUGAGGCUGUUAUUAACUUGUUUUCACACCACCACUGAGUGGAGAGGGAGGUGUUUAUGACUUUUACAAAUGAUAG